AUGGCAUAUAACGUCGAGUCCUCGCUAGACCCGCGUGUCGCCCUGUGCCAGCGUAUUCAGUUGGCAGUUGCGGACCUCCCACAAGUGAGCGCGGAGGAUAUACCCCAGGACGAGUCGUGCCCUAUCUGUCUCCUCUCAUUUGCGAAGAUAUUGUCGGAGGAACAGGAAUUGGAAGGGGCCGGAGAUGAAGCCGAGGAGAAGGGAAUUACUAGGUUGACGAGCUGCGGGCACAUGUUUUGUCGAAACGAUUUGGCUGAAUGGAUUAGAAGUUUUCAUGGCAGCUGUCCGACCUGCCGACAUUCGUUUCUUGACGUGCAAAUACCCGUAGACUCCGAUGGGGAGUCUUCUGAUGGGGACUAUAUGCCAGAUGAAGAAGAUGAGGAGGAGGAGGAUGAAUUCUUGGAUACGGAUGGGUUCAAUGACGAAUUCGAAGUGGAGAUGGAGAUAGAUAUGGAUAGUAUGUGGGACGACGGUCCGGAGGAUAUGGAUGACCAUUCACAGUGGGGGGACAUGGAGGCCUCAUCUGAAAUAGGGUUCGAUGCUGGCGAAGAGUUUGCUCCGAUAUAUGACGCGGAUGUCGAGCCAGUCAACGAAGAGGCUGACACUACAUUAAUUGAAGAAUCCACACAGGAUCCCAAGUAGGAACUUGUUUGAAUGGCCCUUUUUUCUGUUGGCUUCUUUACCUUUUUUUUUAUUUUAUUUUUUUUACCGCCCAUUGGUUUGUAACAAUUUAGCGAUUUCUAUAUUCUGUUUUUAUAGUAAACAUCGAAUGUCUAUU